AUGGCCAGAGCAAGUGCCGAAUUCGAGUUGCUAGAGCGUCAACCGCUUCGCUCAAAUCGCCAGCAUGCACACGACGAAUUUGAAGCAUUUUCCAGAGCGGAGCUAUUCGCUAUGAUUACAAGCGUCUGCAUGGUCCUAGGACUCACUGGAAUCGUUGCUUGGCUCGUCUUUGAACACGUCGCAGGUUAG